AGUUUAGGUUUUGGUGGCCCUCAAAGUCCCUGACAACAAUAACAACAACACAAAAAGUGCUUCAACAUUUUUACAAUAAUUUUAUACAAAUGUCUGGAGGCUGUUCUGUGGACUCCAUCAUACCAUGGGCACAAGUUUGCCGCAUGCUUGACAAGGUCCAGUCAGCUGUGCGAGCCUCCAAACGAGAAAUGCUGCAAAAAUUUAUUAAAAAUUUCCGGGAGUGUCUUCAGAAGAAGUUACAACAAGACCCAAAUGCACCAGAUAGCUUCUUUCCUGUGUUGCGGAUUCUACUUCCAGCACUAGACCGAUCAAGAGGCGCUUAUGGUGUCAAAGAACGCAAGUUAGCUGAGCUUUAUAUCCGUAUUCUUGGUCUGAAGAAGGAGGGCAAUGAUGCCCAGAAGUUAUUACAUUUUCGAAAGCCCAAAUCAGCAUCUGGAAGUGAAACUGGUGAUUUUGCUGAGGUAGCAUACUAUGUGCUGAAGAGUCGUUGUCCUGACAGCGGAAACAUGUCACUGCGUGAUGUCGACACACAUCUCACAUCCAUUGCUGAGAAUUAUUCAGCUAAAAGACAUGAAGAGGUUGAGCGGUCACUUCUGGUGAUGCUGCGCAGCAUGACAGCCACAGAGCAGAAGUGGCUCAUUCGUGUACUGCUGAAGGACAUGAGACUUGGUAUUGGCCAGAAUGCUAUCUUGAAUGCCUGGCACCCAGAUGCUAAAGAUUUUUAUGAUGUGAACAACAGCCUUGAAAAGGUGUGCAAAACUCUCCAGAAUCCAAGUGUAAGGCUCCACGAGAUUGAAGUUUCCCUGUUAUCUGCCUUCCGUCCAAUGCUGGCAGAACGGGCAAUAAUAGAGAAAGUGGAGGCUCAAAUGGCUCACAAGGCAUUUUAUAGCGAAACUAAAUAUGAUGGAGAAAGAUCCCAAAUCCAUAAAAAGGGGAAUGUCUACAAAUACUUCUCACGAAAUGGUUUUGAUUUUACUAGUAAUUUUGGUGGUGAUAGAGACUGUGGUCUGUUUACACCACACCUGCACCCACUGUUCCCUGCACAUGUAAAAGAAGUUAUACUGGAUGGAGAGAUGGUGGGCUGGAGUAAGAAACACAACAGAAUUGUCAGCAAAGGUGAACACAUGGAUGUGAAAAAUUUGCGAGAGGAUGGUGACUGGCAUGUCUGCUUUUGUGUCUUUGACAUAAUUUAUCUCAAUGGCCAGGUGAUGACUAACUUACCUUUAUCUGAACGUUUGGACAAGCUUAGAACUGUGAUCAACCCCUUGGAAGGAAGAGUUAUGUUCUCCACAACAACUCUUGUCAAAUCCAAGGAAGAUGUGGUUAAGCUUUUGAAUGAGGCUAUAGACAACAGAGAAGAAGGUCUGGUGUUAAAAGAUCCUGAUUCUGUGUAUCGACCAGCGUCGCGCAAAGGAGGAUGGAUUAAAGUCAAGCCUGAGUAUGUGGACUCCCUGGUGCCCGAGCUGGACUUGCUCAUUAUUGGAGGGUACUAUGGGAAGGGACGACACCAAGGGGUACUCUCACAUUUUCUGCUUGGGGUUGCAGUUCCAAAUGAAGAGCCAGGUGGAAAGCCAUGUGAGUUCCACUCUUUUUGCCGUAUAGGAUCAGGUUACACAGCUGCAGAACUUAGUGAUCUUGUAGACAAGCUUAGGCCCAAUACCAGAGUUGGCCAUCAACCUCGAAAUAUUGUUGUGUCUAGAGAGAAGCCUGAUGUAUGGAUUGAGCCUGUCAAAUCUUACAUUGUACAGGUUAGAGCAGCAGAAAUUGUAAAGAGUGAUUUGUAUCAAGCUGGAGUGACGCUGAGGUUCCCAAGGGUUGAAAAAGUACGCUAUGACAAACCCUGGUAUGAUACUCUUACCACAGUACAGUUAGACCAACUUGUAAAGGAAGCUAGUGGAAAGUUAGCCACUAAACAUUACAUAGAUGGCGGUGAUGAACCCUCUGCCAAGCGCAAGAGUCCAACCAAAGCAGAGCAUCCCUCUCUGCCUCUACACUACACACCAGCAGAAAUAUCAAAAGUGGUAAAGAAAGAUGAGAUACUUUCAGGCCUGGAAAUGUGUGUGAUGGGGCAUAGUGAUGAGUAUACAAAGCAGCAACUGGAAACGAUGAUAGUUGAACAUGGAGGCUCUUUCACCCAACACCCAGGUCAGAACACACACUGCAUUAUUACAAACACUGUAUCAAUACGUGUGAAGAACUACAUCCAGUCAGGUAAACACAACAUUAUACGACCUUCUUGGAUUGAGGCAUGUUCAAAAAGCAGUCGUUUAUUGCCCUGGGGUCCCUUAGAUGUGAUACAUGUACAAGAUAAGGAAAAUGAGCACAUGAAAGAAUUGUUUGAUGAGUUUGGAGACAGCUAUACUGAACCAGCAGAUGAGAAGAGCCUCAAAAGAAUUAUGGACAACAUGAAGAAUGAGUCGUGGACCCCCCUGUCGGUAGAUGAAAUGUGUAAGCUGGAUGAACAAAUAUGUGAACCAGGAGAUGCACGAGCUCUCUUCAGACGCAUAAAGGCAUUUUUUUGUAAUAAUAAAGAACAUCAGCUUGCUGCACUCGCACUGAGGCUUCAUGGUGGCUCAGUCAGUGGUACCCUGAGUGAUGCGACUCAUGUAGUGUCUGGGAAAGAGAGCAGCCAUCGUCCAAGUGAGAUGCACGGACAACACCUGGUGACCUCAGAUUGGAUUUAUACGUGCAUAGAGAAGGGCAAGCUACAAGAGGAAAGAUAUUUCAUGCCUAAGAUAAAAAUUUUAAAUUAAUGAACAGUUGUAUACUGAUUUUUUUAAUUUUAAGCCAUUUUAGAUUUAUCUUGAUACAGUGGACCCCCGCUUACCGAUCACCUCCCAAUGCGACCAAUUAUGUAAGUGUAUUUAUGUAAGUGCGUUUGUAUGUGUAUGUUUGGGGGUCUGAAAUGGACUAAUCUACUUCACAAUAUUCCUUAUGGGAACAAAUUCGUUCAGUACUGGCACCUGAACAUACUUCUGGAAUGAAAAAAUAUCGUUACCCGGGGGUCCACUGUAUUUGUUAGUUAUACCACCAUAUGUUUGUAAAGUUAACAUACAAAAGAAUAUGCCUUUAUUGUUUCUUUAUACAGUACAGCACUUUUAUGUGGUUGGCAUAUAAGGAAAGAAUAUUUAGCAAGUAAAUUCAGUACAUUUUGAUCAUUAACUCAAAUUUGUAAAGUACAGUAAACCUUCCAUAUAAUGGACCUCUAUAUAACAGGUUCUGAAAAUAUAAAACAAAUUUCUCUAGGUCCUUCACUUUGGAUGAAGUCUGUUGGUUACAGAAUUGUUCAUUAUCAUUACACUCAAGGCAUAGCAACCUUGUCUCUCUCCAUCACAGUUGCCAUUAUCUGCCUUCUGCUUUUACUGAUUAUUCUGUUAUAUGGAGGUUUUACUGUAUAAACAAUGUAUGCACAGUAUUUGAUUGCCAGUUUCAUUUUAAUUUUUUAAUUUACUGUUUUUAAAAAUAAAAUUGGCACUGAGAAAGCUCCCAUUUGCUUUGUCCAAAGAACAGAAUGGUGACACAUCAGGAUCCUUCCAUUUUCAUUGUUUAGGUAUAAAAGUGCCUGAUUUGUAAUAUCAAGAAGGAAUAGGGUGCCAUAGAUGUAGGGUAGUACUGUACACGUAAUUUUUUACCUUGUAAUACAGUAUUUCAGGUACAGUAUUACUUAAAAAUGUUUAUACAUGUAUAUAACAUGAAUGCUGUUAAAUGCUUUA